AGCUCUGCCUAGUCCCACGUCAGUUACCAACUUGCAGGAGACAAUAAUUCGCUUCAGUCGCUUCAUGUGACGGCAUCGUGCUCUGGAAGGAAUUCAUGUGCACCUAUACACAUUUCAGUGAUAUGAGCAAGUGUACAGUGACAGGUGGUGUUUGAACGUUAAUAAUGCCUUGCCCAGAGGGAUAACGACGUCGUGAAGUUGGUUGCAACAAACAAUGACGACAACUUCAGCAUGGGCGAAGCAGAGUGCACGUGCAUAAAGGUGUGAGUUCGUACGACUUCAUUACACCCACAACGCUUUCCCCUUAACUGUCGCGAACUUCCGUAAGUGGUCUGUGUCCAUUGAUCAAAUGAAAACUCAAAAGGCUGUUUGGUGACGUGAAGGUGUUUCUUCCGUUCAGAAAUAUGCGUAGUAUGUUUCGUACCUCGGUGUAAACGCGGAAGUGUAUAUAUUUCAAGUGUGCAUGCAAGUGAAGUAAAUAGUUCUUAAAGACAUGGCAAUCACUCAUCCUAACUUCAAGAGCAUCCACGACAAAAUUCAAACGGCCGACGACAUAUAUGAUGCAGUUGGACUGAUCCUCCUACACCAGGGGAGGUUCCAGAAGAGAUACCCUCCUCUGGAAGAGCGCGAAUGGACCGAGGACGACCUCGAUGAUUUUAAGAUCGAUCUUGAAAUGGUUGACCGUGUUUACCACGUCAAGUGCCAGAAAAUCGACGACAGCGUCGAAUACGAAUUAGCAUGCAGAAUGGAUUACAGAGGUCGAUCUCUAUACCUGCACGUCCAAGUGUUCACGCGGUAUACUUGGGACGGACUCGUGGGGGAAGGCGAAAUUUACCUGACACGCGAUCCUCACGUGUUUUUAAAAUCGACCAUCAACCUCGACUGCAACCCUCAGGGUAUAUGGCAGUCGAUGGUCGAAGAUGGGCUCCCGGUGGAGGAGCCGACGGAAUUCGACCUCAAACAGGCAGUCGACUGGAGGAGCGUGCCCAUGCUCAAGUUCUUGUGCCACAUGGCAGUGUACGAGAAGAAAGAAGAGCUACAGAACUACCUCGAACUUUUACCACGGCCUUUGGGCAACAGUGUUAAGGAGUUCCUCAAGGUGCGUUGUGCCAGGGACCACAGGGCAGAGGAUUUUGUCAGGUACCCAGAGUACUUCGGUGUAUAUCUUUCGUCGAGUUUAGCACCCCUUUAAGAGAACCUCCCACCCACCCAAAAAUAAUAAUAAUAAUGACAAAAAAACUACCUCUACUUUUUGCGUUGCCCUCGAGUCCUUUUGCCAGCAAGUCACGGAGUUCCUCAGGGAACCCUGUGCCACAGAAAGGUUGGUGUUGUUUGGCGCUGUCAUGUGUCUUGAGGACUUCAGAGGUGCAUCAUUCGUCGACACUACCUUCUGUUUAUAGUAAAGGUGUAGCUCAUGCCCUUCUCAUUUUCAGGUUCUAAGUAUACAUAAAGAGAGUUGUGUCUUCCUAUAGUCAAAUGUAGAUAAAGGCAGCAACUACAUAUAUACGUAUAUACCAAAUAUAUAUACCUUAAAUAAAUUUGCAAUAUA